UACGUGGCUCACUAAUGAGCAACUAGCUAUAUGAAGUGUGGCUUUCUGUAUAUGUGUGUUUCGAUCAGUAUACGACUAUUACUGCUCACCAGUGGUGUGCCUUCAUCAGCACUAACCUCCAACAGACAUCCAAAGUCCAGUCACCGUGUACACAUCAACACAUAACCUUAGGUGUUGUCUCAGCUAUCAAAAGUAAGCAGCUGAUCGUACUGAAAGUAAAAAAAAGUGAAGUGGCUGGCCCUGACGGAUUCAACGACUGGCGUUCGUGUGAAGUUGUAACUACAGAUAAAACUAUCAGUAUUAGUACUAUUACCGCAGAUAGUGACUUCAAGAGAAGAACGACUUGACUUCUCCGACUAUCUUCGUUGUCCCUAUCCCUGUGGCAGUCCGGCUGCUGCACCGCGACCGUGGUUGGUGUGCAAAUCAACCGGGUUCAGUUGUCUAUCCCUCAAACAGAAACAUUGCCUGUCGCUACCCUUAUAGAAAUAACGACUGUCCCAUUGGUUUAAGAAAACAAAAACCAAAGCUUUUGGGGGGUGAGCAGUGUUUUUGGCUGCAAGUGUAGGCAAGUUUGAGCCAGCGAAAAAAUUAGAAAACGCUAAGUGCUGGAUCAGAGGUUAACUCCCUAUGCAAGUGUAGUCGGCUCAAGUGAUUCUCAAAAGCAGAUGGUGAAUUGGAAUUUGAUUCGAGUUGGAAUUCAUGUCACUGGUCCGUUUUUUCGCCGAGAAACGUUUGGUAGUCAGCGCAGUUAGUGAGGUAUGCGUGUGUGUGUGAAUGCGUAUGUUUGUCCCCUAAUUAUCGCUAGCACAGGACAGUCUUGACUCGAACAAAAGCGAAUAUAUAAAGAGUGUAAUAUAGUAUAACAUAUCAAGGUGUUAUCAGCUGUGGACGUCGUGUUUAUCCUCGUAACACAUUUACGAUCACCGCGCGCAGAACGCUUCAUUGGUGGAAAACGAAUAAUAUGUACGGCGCAAUUGUUUGGGCGAUCUAAUCUCCGACUGAAAAAGUUGUGGGUCGCUGACUCAGGCCGCGUGACCAGUUCUGGAUACUUGAAAUGCGUAUGAUCUAACGGAUAGAACAUACGGUAGCAACUGGUGAAAAAAUUCAACAGAUUUGAAACAGAAUGGAACAUACAGCCGAUGUUACGAGGCCCCAGCCUCCAGUAGUCGCGCUGCUCUUUCGAGGCCUUGCACAGAGGUAUCAGCGUAUACUAGAUUUCGUAACACCAUACGCUGUGGGAAGAUGGUUCUUCUGUGUCCUCCUGAUAGUCGCCUUCUUGUUGCGCAUAUUUUUGCUUCAGGGCUGGUACAUCGUAACGUACGCUUUAGGAAUUUAUCAUCUAAAUCUGUUCAUCGCAUUUCUUACACCUAAAAUGGAUCCAGCGCUAGCAGAUGACUACGAUGACGGGGAUCCGGGCUUACCAACAAGAACCAAUGAGGAGUUUCGUCCUUUUAUUCGUCGGCUACCUGAAUUUCAUUUCUGGUAUUCGGCAACGAAGGCGACACUCAUCGCUAGUUUUUGUACCUUCUUCGAGGCGUUCAACAUUCCCGUGUUCUGGCCCAUACUUCUACUUUACUUCAUCACCUUAUUUGUAUUGACAAUGAAGAAACAGAUAAAGCACAUGAUCAAGUAUCGUUACAUUCCGUUCUCGGUGGGCAAACAGAAGUACAAGCCCCGUCAGCAGCCAGAGUCGGCAACGAGCUUCCUUAGCAAUGCCGAUUCGUCCGGGCCGCGAGGGACAUCAAACCUUCUCCCACAACACAACACUGCUCUCCUCUUCCCAGUUAUCCAGGCUGGGUCGCCACAACACGCGCCACAACAAGUGCAGCAUCAACGGCAGCAUGAGAAUCUUUAAUAUAAUAGUAUAAUUUGAUAGAGACCAAUACCACAAAUGUAAGAAAGGGAAAAUAGGAAACAUUAUGAGAAUUAUUUUUGAAAUAAUAAUAGACUAUUCUUACUGUUAGGGUGAAUUAUUGUUAAGUCGGUUUGCUGAAGGUUCGAAUAAGAAAAAUCGGGAAAUAUAAAGUUUGUUAUAGUGAGGUGAUUCGAACAGAUUUCUGUGGGAGGAAGAAAGACAAGUAAAGCAAAUAGAUAUAGUUAUAUAGUUCAAUAAGGUUAGUUGUUCAUUUGGCGCAAAGUAGAGCGUGCAGCGUUUGACCUUCUGACCAUAAUAACAUCGUUUAUUUGUAUCAGUGAUUCGAUGCGGUGCAAUAUUAUUUUAGCAGGUAAUGCAAUGCGUGAGUGGCGCAACACAAAUAAGUAUUCGACGGGGAAAUGGCAGACCACAAAGAUUUUGCGCCUAAUUGAGCAAAGGCAUUACUAUGCUUUUUCUUUUUUAAACAAAACAAACACGUAGAUAAUCACAUACUUCGGAUGGUCCACAGGUAUGCAUGCUGCAUACUCUAUUAUUAGUUGUACAAUUACUGCUAGUAGUACUAUUUUUUAAAUAAGAAAAAAGUCAAUUUUUUUUCUUGGAGAAGCUGAGGGCAGGGUAAAUAGGUGUCCGUCUUAGCAAAAAAGAGACACGAUUCGCAUGCGUCAUAACCUGUGAAUAAUGUGUUCACAUGUUAUUUACCAACACGUCCCUUACUGUCGUCCAUGACAAUAAUACAACGACAACGAUGCUGGUCUUUAGCCGAUAAAUAAAAAAAAAAAAUAAAUAAUAUAAAAAUGAAACGAUGAUACGAGAUCAAAAAGGGGAAUAAAUAUGCCAGAGGGAGAGGGCGAGAGAGGUAAAUGUCAUUAAUGCUUUAUGACUAGUUAUAAUAAUAGUUAUAACAAAUGGCACUAUGUGCUACUCUUAUAAUCUCGAAUGCGAUCUGAGAGGACAUCUGCAGCUUCCUGAACCUGCAUAUAACCGGCAGAGAAGAUUACAGGGGUAGGCAGAGGACACGCAGGUACAAAUUAAACGUCGUACAACUAGUCCAACUAAGCAAUUUUAUAUAUCAAAUCCAAUAGUACUUCCAAUUGUUGAUAAAAUUGCAAAAAUCAUGAUCUUCACAUGCCUCGUAGGGAGAGGCAAAUGACGUGUUCUUGCGGGUAUGCCCGGCGCUUAGAAAUCACAAACACUGAAAUAUUCAACAAAUUGGUAACAUAUUGCAUUAGAGCUGCUCAUAUUGAAUCUUGUUUCCAAUAUACGAGAUACAGAUUUUUUAGGCCACAACAGUAGAACGAGUUUCCUAUUACUUCAUUACGGUCACUCGCAAUUAGUAAUGGUGCACAAUGAAUUUGCUGAGGAAGUCAAGAAUUGAGGGAUUUAUCCCAUCUUGGUGUGUUCUGGUAAUAAUACGGACCUGAAUUAGGACAGAGGAAUGAGCCGGUGAGUCCAAUAAUUAGAACAUUGUUUCCAUGUUUAAUGAUUAGUGUCGAAGUAUCUUAGCGCAUACACAUAUUAUUGUUGAAUUAAAGUACUGUUAGCAUUUUUAAGACCGAUCUAGACCUUUAAUGUCAAGCAACGCGUUUAGCAGUCAUUGUAGCAAUUUCCUUUCUAGUGGCGACGACAAUAAGGAUAAGAAUGAGGAUAAACGACGAAGCCAAACUAUAUAUAUAUAUAUAUAUAUAUAUAUAUAUACAAACCAUCCACGUUUCCGGUGCUGCCGUACAACGUUGCUUCAGACCGAACGAUACCUACGUUUUGAUUCAAAUCUACAUCAUCUCACAUGUCUCUAUUAAAUGCACACAUAUUAUGGCCAAAACGGCUAAGACAGCCGCUGCUGUCCGGUUCAUGGAGGAAGACUCAUUCAAACGAAGUAAGCUGAGCCCUUGAGAGAUCUCCAGUUAGCUUUUGCGUGGUGUCCACUGUCGUAGUGAGAUUUCGACAAAAAUUUAGGUCCGCGCUGCUGCACGUGUUUUAAUCCAUACAUACUUGUUCUUUCUACACUGCCUUUGACAUAGAUCUUUUUAUCUCUACCGAAUCAAAAUGAUUUAUUCUUUCUUGAACUAAAGAUCUUCGAGCGGUGUUUUAAUCAUUGCGCAUAGAUAGACCGAAUUUCCUGGUAGUUUGGAAUUUACGGCGCGUGAAACUCAUACCGGGUCACAAGUUUCUCGAUGGCGACAAUGUUUUUUAGUAAAUGUACAAAUUGCGGUUGCAAAUUCCUUGAACCGCAAUUCCGGUGACUAGCUAACACUCCGCAAUGCAGGCCGAAUCUUCGCAAAUUUCGGCGGUGAGGAAAUAGACGCUGUAACUGUGAUUAUUGCGCGUCGUAAGCAAUUCAGCCACGAUCAUUUAUUCUGGUAACAUUCAGGUAAACAAAUAAUUAACAAAUGAAUUAAUAACAAAGAAGUUUAGUGAACACCCUAGUAUCCGCAUAAAUUCGCUACUUCUAGAGUGCUGAAACAAUCUGUUUUUAACACAAAUUCCGUAAAGUAAUUAUUUGCUAAUUGUAUAGGAAGAUGAUUAAUAAAAAGUGAAUAAAGGCAUAUGAAGGUUAAUAAUAAGACGAAAAACUGCGGACAAAUUAUUAUUGUUUAGACCGACCUAAAUAGGUCUAUGCUGCUGCUGCGAAUUCUAACAAAAAACGAACAUUCUUGCACAAAAUGCUCUGUUACAGACAAACUACUUCAAACCAAACAGUCAAAGAUUAUAACGUCCAGGCAACAGCUAUAGAAGUAUUUUGUACUUAUUUAAGUGUCUUAUGCUUUAAAGGAAAACAUUUUAGUGGAACAACAGAUUGUAUUUAUAUCGCACCAGGUCUUAGGUUACGUCACAGGCAAAUACGGACGAAUUGCACGCAAAGCGUGCUCUGCGCUUUAAGUAACAUAAAUUUUAUCAAUCAGAGGAUAACGAGUUUAAGAAUAAUACUAAUGGUCACUGUGUCUGCGGAGUUCAGGGCUUUUUAUCUAGAAGUUACGUAUAUGUGUAAGGUUGUCAUAGAAUCGCCGGAAGAGAACUGGUUUAGUGGAGCGACUUUUUUUGAAAAAGGUGGAGCACCGCGUGCUGUAGGCCACAUACUAUUAAUAGGCGUAUGGCCCUGCGAAUAAUGGAAAGAAAUGGUCAUUCAUUGCCGCGUUAAAUAAAUGACGUCUUCGAACGGUCAUGGCUAGGCCAUGGCGGUAUGAGGAGGAAAAAUAACUUCCUGAUUCGGCUGAGCCAACGACUGGGCGGCCGAAACGCAAUCAUGUAUAGAAAAUAAAUUUUAGAAGAACACUGGCACCGUAGAAUGCGUAUACCAGAUCGAUAACGCUAUAUGAAAAACCAAAAGCGUAAUAAAAUAAUGAAACCAAAUAGAUAAAGGUAGCAACAAGAUGAAAUAAAUUAACAUUUUUCUACCUGAAUUUCGUC